AUGAAAAUAAUUUUUAUUUAUAUUUUUUUAUUAAUUCUAUGGAUAAAUUUAGAAACUGUUAGAGCAUGUUUCAAUUUCAAUCAAUGCCCUCAAAUAGGAGAAAGUUGUAAAGGUUCAUGUGCACCAGGUUUAAAAUGUGUUGGAGAUGUCUGUGUUUCAAUGGAUCCUUGCGAUCCCAAUUUACCAAUUACCAAAGAUACAUGUACUUUAACUAAUAUGUGUACAAAGAAAAAUGAUACAGUUGGGGUUUGUUUACCAUACAUUGCUGAAUUAUCCGAUUCCAAUGCCCCAUGCAGCAGAGCAGAAAAUUGUGCUUCAAAUAGAUGUGAAAAUUCAAAAUGCGUUCCACCUCAAACAAAUAUCUGCUAUUCAGAUAAUAACUGUCCUUAUAAUUACUAUUGUUUUUUAGUUGGAGUAUCAAGUUCUGGAAAUAAUGGAGAUGGAGUAUGUGUACCUAAAACUUCAAGAAAUUGUGAGUCCUCAAAUGAAUGCUCCACCGGAUACACUUGUAUUUAUGGUAUUUGUGUCCCAAUAUUCUCUGGGAAAGAAAAUGAUGAUUGUAUAGCUCCAGAAACAUUAUUACCAACAAACAAUCCAUGCGAUGUUGGUCUAAUAUGUUCACGUGGUAAAUGUGUUAAAUAUGAAGAAAAAGCAUGCAAUAGUACUGUUUCAUGUAGCUCAUACGAAACCUGCAAGUGUAUUAAUAGUGCCGUUGGUGAAAAUGGGGUUUGUAAAAUUCAUUAUAAGUUUGAUGCUGAAUGUAAAAAUGCAACCUCUGCUAUAAUGACUUGUGCCGAUAACCUCGGUGUAUCUGUAAAUACGAACAACUAUGUAUUACAAGAAUCAUGUAGUCGUGAAUAUUGUGAUUAUAAAAACAAAUGCUUUAAUUCACAAUUUUUUGGAUGUGGCCAAACUGAACUCUAUAAAAUGUGCCCAUCCUAUAACUAUACAAUCGAUAGUUCCGAUGUUCCUGAAUCAUCAGGAUCAACUCAAACCUCGUCACAAUCAUCGUUUUCCUCAUCUGAAGAUAGUGUAAAUUCGUCAUUUUACACUACUCCUUCUUUAAUUGUUUUAAUUUUAAUUUUAAUUGUUUCUUUCUUCUAA